UUAAGUCAGUCGUGUAUCGGCCCUCGCUCGACACGGUUGUGCCUUUUUUCCUCGUUUGUUUGUACGGGUAUAGAACGCAAGUAGAUUGUGCGCGCCAUCUGGCUGUGAAACGUGUUCUUGCUUCUAGUGCACAGUGCAGUGCAGUGAGUGAUUCGAAUCAUCGAACACACGGGGCCGCCGCCGAUUAGCGGUUCAGCUGGUUAGUUGAGUAGUCGAUCAGUUAGUUGUUGGUUGACCGCCGUCGGAUUAAGUCGUCAUCGUCUCUAACGUGACAGACCCUAGGCGUGAGUGAAUUAAGUGUGUUGAUCAGCUUAGGAGUAAAGAAGGAAGAAAGAAGAAAGCAGGAUCAGUGCGACUUUGAAAGGUCGCUACGGGGGGAAAAGGAUUUAAUUACACAAGACACAAGGAUUAAGAGUGAUCGGUGAUCGGGACCGGAAGUAUGGAGUUUGGCGGUGGGUUGGAGUUGAGGUUAAGCAGACGGUGAGAAAAGAUUUUGUGGUCACUUGCUCGGACGAAUUCUGGUGCAAGGAGUUGUUCUGAAGUGAAGAAAACAGGUUUUCCAAAAGCAAGUGAAAUAUGAUCAAGUGAUUUUGCGGGUUCAAAGUUUGGAAGUCAGUUGGUCCAGAUAGUGAAUUGUUGAAGAGCGAAAUGCGACGAAUUUUCACCAACACUGGCUUGGGGGCUGUUGUUGUUUUUGUGGCUGUUGUGCUGGCAUUUUUUGGGGUGGUGGCUGUUGAGGGAACGACCCUUACGGAGGUUGAACUGGAGGAUGACUAUCUGGUUGCUACUAAGGAGCUUGAGCAGCAGUGCGUUCACCGAUGUCCGGAUCAGAACCGAACCGGCUUCAAUGAGCACAUCGACGUCAGCUGCGGGAGUGAUUGCUAUCUGACGCAGUGCGCAGUCGGGUGCCGUCUGUGGGAACUAGCGCUGGAGUCAUCCUGCCAAAAUGUUUGCAACAAAACCGACCAGGAGCUGCUGGAGCCUAAGGAACUGUACUGCGUUAUGGGUUGCAACGAUGCACUGAAUCGGUACUUCAAGUGGCUCAAGGCGGAAAUUGGGACGCCACCGGCACCCGCACUGGUAGCGGACAGCCUUACCGCGACGUCGCUGUCGCUGGAGUGGGAAAUUCCGGAACGAUCGGUACAACUGUCGCGGCAAAAGAGCCGCGGUCCGCGCAGUUACCUGGUGCAGUGGCGCUACGAGGAAGUCGCCGGUGAUUGGAAGUUCUGUCGAAAUCAAAGUAUGGGUGAUAACUCUACGAUACGGGUCGAUAAUCUGCAGCCCUACACGAAGUAUCGCUUCCGAGUCGCGUUGCUGUUGUCACCACCGCACGAUGAAGUUCUAAUAUCGGAGCAGAGCGUCAUCAUCCUAACGUCCGCCCAGGGACCACCGAAGUCUGAACCGAAAAUUGUACGCGCCGUAGCGGUAGACUAUUCACGAAUAUCCAUCUCAUGGGAGCCCGGACCGUUCCCGAACGGUCCCAUCCUGUCAUACGUGUUACAGAUCAAAGAUAUCGACCCCCUAGGCUACAGUGCCCUGAAGGACAUUCCGGAGUCGAACACCUCACGGCACUAUAUGUUUGAGAAGCUCGCCCCGGAGCGCAACUACUCCGUGUCCGUUACGAUGCGGAACCCCGAAGGCGAGGGUCCCCCAUCGACAACCUUCGUUCGCACCCCGGUGCAACCACUGGACCUCGAGGAGGACAUCAGUCCGACGCUCAUCCUCGGCGCAGAACACGCCGUACUCUCGCAAGGAACCUCAAACCUCCUGUCGGCUUCCCCUACCAACUUCUACCGCAGCCCAAGCCACCGAAUUCGCGGCACCGCCGUUCACAUUCGGCGCAACUUGAUCUUCGUGUCCGACGACGCCGGUUUCAUCUAUAAAGCCCCACUCCGGUUGGCUGCCGAAAAGGGCCGCAUCGCCAUCCUCUUGCCGGAAGCCGGCCACAACUUCCGACCGACGCUGCUGUCCGUCGAUUGGCUGAACGAUCAUCUCUACAUCUUAGGACAGGCAAAAAGCACGGCUCUGUGGCAAAUCUCCCGCUGUGAUUUCAGCGGGGAUCGAAUGACCGUCGCCAUUGCUGGUCUCCAGCGUCAGCCGGAGCACUUCGAGGUUGACCCCUUCAACGGUUACCUCUUCUGGGUGAUCAGCAGCCGCACUCCGGACGCCGGUCUCUUCCGGCUGGAUCUCGGGGACAUCUCCAACGGAGUGAAGCACGAAAUCAAACCUCUUCAGCUUAAUAAUCACCACAAUUUGGGAGCCUUUUCGAUCGAUCACACCAGCUUCCGGGUGCUGGUACCCGAUCAGGACGCGAACACCGUGCUGGCGAUCUCGCUCGAUGGUAAAACGACGGAAAACAUCCGCAGCAACACUCAGCGGCCGCGCUUUGAAAAGGUGAAAUCGAUUGCCCUGGCUAAUGGUCUGUUUUAUUGGACCAAUGGGAAGGAGCUACUCGCGGAGGACUACCAUCUCAAGCAGGACAGCUACUUUCACAAUGCGUUCCCGAUCGAUGCUAACACUACAACGCACACGUAUUUCAGUAUCUGUGUGAAUUUAUCGUCGGCACAGCCGAUCCCCGUUCCGGUGAAUCCUCCGAGGAACGUUCAGGCUUUGCUGACGAACAAUAAGAUCAAGAUCUUUUGGAACGAACCGCACCUGUUAGGUAUCAAGGGUAAGGGCGCCUGGCAGGAGUGGAUGUACGAGCUGGAGCUGAGUGAGGAGGAUAGUGGAAAGGUGGUGGCAUAUCCGGAAAUCAACGAAACCUCCUUCGUCUCGAUGGACGUGGAUCUACUGGCGCCCGGGAAGGGUUAUGUGAUCAAGGCUGCCGCCUAUACCCACGCCGGACGGGGACCUUGGAGUACGGAGUUCAGAGCUAGGACACUGAAGGACGCCCACGAGCGGCAUCUGGUGUGGUCGGGAAGUGAGGGAAUUAUGCGAAGCGAUGUGAUUGGGGAUAGUGUGGAGACUUUGAUUAGUCGGACGGAGCUGGAGGAUGGGGUUGUCACGGAUAUCGCCUGGUUCGAGAGUAUUUUGUAUGUGGUGAGCAAUUCGACGCUGUUGUUUUAUAAUCAAAGUGAGGGGCAGAUUAGUAAGCUGCGUGAGCUGGAGUCGGUUGAGUGUGUGACGGUCGAUUGGAUCGGAAGGAGGUUGUACUUUUAUAACCCUUCGCAGCAGAUGAUUAUGAGGAGUAGUUUGCAUGGGGAGCAACACGAACCGAUUCAUAAUGUGAAGAACGUAAGGGAGAUUAAGUUCGACGCUCUGCGAGGGUAUAUUUACUACACUUCGGAGUUUGCUAUGGAAGCUUUCCGGUUGAAUGGAAAGGAUCGACACAGUUAUUAUUUGGAGAGUGAUCGCUUCACCGGGAAGGGGGUGAUAGGGUUGACUUUGGAUAUGGACAGUGAGAAAGUUUACUGGAUUGUUCGCAGUAUCAGCAACUCGGAGUUGUUUAGUGCUCAUAUGGCUGGGACUGGAUCAACGAAAGUCUCCUCUCUGGUGACAGUCCUAGCCGAACAAUCGCCACGAGGUCCGCUGACGCAUUUCAGUGAUCGCUUGCUGUGGCUCCAGCAAGACGAAGUAGUAAUCGGUGAUCUGCGGGGCGAAAACCUUGCCCACAUCCGAAAUCAAAAGCUCAACGGUACGCGUGCCUUCACAAUCAUCGAUCCAGCCCAUCACCUCUACCCAGAAGACAACCAAAACGUAAACGUCCUCCCAAUGCAAGUCAACGACACCUCGAUCCGCAUACAGGGUACCUGGAAGAAGUUCAACAUCGUAUGGGACCCAGUCACCAACGUCAACUACGGCAAAGUAUUCUACAAAAUCACCAUCAAAGUAAAGGGCAAAAAAGACGAAAUCCACGAGCUGCACAAACCCUCCCACAUCUACAACAGCUCCGGGGCAAAUCUACUACCCCCGCACACGGAAAUCAACGUCACCAUCAACGCGUUCACCUACUGGCGGUCGUCGGUAUUCUCCAGCGCUCGGCUCUUCAGCCCCUCGGGAAAACCAUCGCAACCAACGCGCCCCCGAGUAUUCGUAAAACACGUCAAAGAUCCCAUCCAAGACAUCCACACCGUGGACGCCACUUUCCGUUGGUCGCCACCAAAAACCCCGAAUGGGCCAAUCAUCGGCUACAAAGUCCACUGCUGGUACGAAGAGGAUGGCCUCACUAACCACGUACUUCAAAGCGAGCUUACCAAUCGCACCGAACGUAUCGUGCAAAACUUAGUACACAAUGUAACCUACUUCUUCCGAGUGCAAGCCCUCACCAAGGCACGUGAAGGUGACCUAACCGCGGUACAGUCGAUUAACACCUCCGAAGAUCAUCCCAUUCCACAGGCACUGAUCGCUACGGCCGAUCAUAUCAUCAAAGUGGACUUCGACUCCGGAGAGUCCCGUCAGGUGGUGAGCACCUCAACGCCGGUGAUGUUCAUGGCACGUUUAGCCAGGGAACGCAAGCUGUUUUGGGUGGAUGAAAACAACGAACUGUUUCAGUACGACGGAACUUCGAAGUCGAAGCUUUUCUCCAUCGGCGGACCGGUUCUUUCGCUGACCAUCGACUGGAUUCGACGGAUACUGUAUUGGUCCCAGCAGGAGGUGAUUGGUAGUGCGAUCUAUUCGUUUGAUCUGAAUCGGUUUGAGAAUGAAGGGGUGCACGUGGAGAAACUGGUUUACAGCGCUAGCAAUAUGACCAAUCUGGUGGUGGCACCGUUCGAGCGGAAGCUUUUCUGGACCGAGAAGGUGCCGGAGGAUGUGAUUUAUGUGCAUGAUUUCGACGAGAAUCGAACGGAGGAGUUUUUCGAUGACAGUUUCGAGGAGUGUCCGAAUCGGACGGCUGGUAUUACCGUGUACCCGAUGCUGGCUCUGCAGACUUCGGUUAGCGAGGAAGCGAGGCUUUUCUGGGCAGAGACCGGCUUUAGAAGCGUUGGGUUAAGUAGUCGAACUUGUAUGAACUUUGGGUUCGAGUACUAUCCGAAAAUGAAAAGCAUAGCGAAAGAUAGCGAUCACUUUUACUGGUUGGAGGAUGACGAAGCGAUCGUCCGGAUGGACGAUGGAGGGGAGCUUCAGUCAAAAACGAUCCCCGGAGCGAAGGCCUUACUGCCUUUACAGUUGCAGUAUUAUCCGGAGCGACGUUGUCUUAUUCCACUACAAAAGAACCAAGACUACCAAGCAAAGUUGUUACAGAGAACGGAAAAUUCCUUAACCUUACUUCUGCCAAAGGCAGAAGUUCAUCUUAACUGUUCGACCGAACCGAGCGGAAUUCGGUAUGUGAUUUACUACGACGAAAGCGAUGCCAACCGAACGGAAGAAGACUGUGACCCCGCAAACUGCAGCUUCGUUACGUCCUACGAUCGGAGUAAAACGAUAAAAGGCUUGAAACCUUUCACCAGGUACCGGUUCCAGGUGCUGCUGCUGAACUACUAUCAGGAACAGUUCGGACCGACCGGGGAGCUCGAUAAUCCACGGGUCGGUUCUGUGACGGUGUUUUCCACCGCAGCCGGAGCUCCUUCCAAGCCGCAGGAUAUAAGCGUACUGGCGAUUAGUCCCACGGAAGCGGUGGUCCGCUGGUCACCACCACUGGCGAAGAACAGUGAACGCGUGUGGUACGAAAUCCACUGGCAAACGGAGUACAUCCAUGAUGGUUCGAAGAAUCGGCAGCAGCAGCUAGUCACUGAUUUUGAUGAAGAUUCCACCAGCCUAUCGAUCAACCUGACGAAACUACAGCCGAACCAGGCCUACACCAUCUGGAUUAUGGCGUACUCGACGGAGUCCACCUACAGUGAGAGCGACCACGUUAACAUCGUCACCUUCCCGGAACCCGAGGACAUCCGUCUGGUGUUCAACUCAUCCACCGAGCUGGGCGUCAGCUGGCGGCCCCACAUGAACAUCUCGACCUAUAAGGUACAGUACUCCGCCGUGGGUAGUAAAACCUGGGAGACUGUGUUCGAAACGGAUGUCAACACGACCAUCCCGGAGAGUGGCAUCUUCCACGUGAGUGGACUUCAACCGAAGACGCAGUACCGCUUCAUCGUUUUGCUGUUCUAUCCGAACCGAAAGGAACCGUACGUGUGGCCUCCGGAUGCCCGAUUUAUCUACGAAACCGAAGCCGAUCGACCGAGCGCUCCAGGGCAACCGAUUGUCACCCUAAUACGACAGGAUGUCUACAAGGUUUCCUGGGAGCCUUCUAAGGAUAAUGGAGCACCAAUUCUGGAGUACGCGCUGGAAGCGCUAGUCCGAUCUCCCCGCACCACCAACCGCGUCGAACGAGCUGCCCUAGCUCCGGAAAGUGGCGAAGAACUUGAAGAUGACAGCUUGGAAGACAUGAACAACACAAUCCCCACCCGGGUUGACGUCGGUUCGACCGACAGUCAAGAGUAUCAGACCUUCGACGAGCGCUGGGAUCUGGUGUACAAUGGGACCGACGUUUACUGGAUCAUCCCGGAGAAGCAACCGAUCCACAAGCACACGUUCCGGGUGCGAGCACGCAACAGCUGCGGUUGGGGUCCGUUUAGUGGCGAAAGUGAACCCAUCAGUCAGCCGCUUCUUUCCGGCCAAACUGGCUUCUACCUGAUGAUCACCGUCAUCUUCGGUGCCGCCAUCUUUCUCAUUUUCCUGCUGCUGAUUUUCGUUUGUGCGUUCCGCCGUGCAGAGAUAGAAAAGAAAAAUUUUAUUGAUGCAACCACUACUCGCAUUCCAGAUGUGGAGCUAGCGAACCUCCGCGAGCUGCCCCGGCGUGGCAAUUUCAUUCACAGCCAAAACAUCCUGUACAGUUCGGGGCCGCUCACGGACUCGGAGAUCGCACUAUUGCCGCAAAUCCGACGGGAGCAGAUUACGAUGACCAGUUCGCCCUUCCUGGGAAGCGGAGCUUUCGGUGAGGUGUACGAGGGUAUUGUGAAGGGUGUUGGGGACGGGGUGGAAACCAGGGUUGCGAUCAAGACGCUGAGAAAGGGAGCAACCGAACAGGAGAAGGCUGAAUUCCUCCAGGAAGCCCAUCUGAUGAGUAACUUUAAGCACAAGCACAUUCUGAAGCUGAUCGGCAUCUGCUUGGAUCUGGAUUCGUUGUACAUCAUUAUGGAGCUGAUGCGAGGUGGUGAUCUGUUGAGUUAUUUGCGCUCGAAUCGACCCACGCCGGGCAAUCCAUCGCCGCUGACGCUGCUGGAUUUGAUUACGAUGUGUGUCGAUGUGGCUACCGGUUGUCGCUACCUAGAGGAGAUGCACUUUGUGCAUCGGGAUUUGGCCUGUCGGAACUGUCUGGUUUCAUCGCCGGAUCCGAAGGAGCGAGUGGUGAAGAUCGGAGACUUCGGGCUGGCGAGGGACAUCUACAAAAAUGACUACUAUCGAAAAGAGGGCGAGGGACUACUGCCCGUCCGGUGGAUGUCACCGGAAAGUUUGGUGGACGGCGUGUUCACCUCGCAGUCCGAUAUCUGGGCUUUCGGGGUUUUGUUGUGGGAGAUUAUGACCCUGGGACAGCAGCCUUACCCGGCUAGAAACAAUCUGGAAGUUUUGCACUACGUUCGGGAUGGAGGUCGACUUACGCGACCACAGGAUUGUCCCGAUGAGCUCUACCAACUGAUGAUGAAGUGCUGGAGCUACUCGCCGGACGAUCGGCCAACGUUCCGUUACUGUCUGGACAUUCUGCAAUCCCUGGAGAAACGAACGAGCGACUCGAUCCAAAUCACCUCCCAAUUCCCCUGUAAGGUGCAGAAUGGUGCGGUAUUUAACCGAUCCUAUCUGCUUUCCGACAUCAAUCACAAUCCGUUCAUGGCAGACAUCAAAUUCGGCAACAGUGGAAGCGGCGGAGCAUUCAUCAUAACACCCCCGACCUCAUCCAGCAGUAGUGGGGCCACCGUGAUGAGCACGAUGAUACCCAAGUACCUGGAGCUAGUGUAUGACGACAGCAACAGUACCAACAGCAAGUGUUCAACUGGAGGAGAGGACGUCCCGUUGACGGCCGGUUUAAUGAACAGCCUCCCAAUGCCCACCGACAACGGGUACGAAAUUCCAAUCCACCAGAUUAUCCUUCAACAACAACAACAGCAGCAGCAGCAUCCAAGCUGUAGCAGCAACAAAGGUCGAACGUUUUCCAGUUCAUCAACGGUGAGCACCGCCAGUACACUGCCAGCGUCGAUGGCCGCUCAUCACCAUCACCAACAUCAGCCCCAACAACCGCGGGUGGAGGAUUGUUCCAGCCUGGAGGCACUGCUGCCGAUCAACUCGAUUCUCACUGUGAAGCUACCGGCUGAAACCACCAGCGACCGAGACCAGGGCGGCCAGGAAGCAUCGCUACCGUGCGACGACGCAAACGACGAUAGUAUUAACAGCGGUGCCCAGCUGACGAUGGUCAACGAAUGCAAAACGUCAAUGUGAAUCGAAGACGAAGUCGACAAAACCACAUUCCAAAGACAACAGCCUAAAACUACGAACGGUAAAGGACCGACUGAAGCACCAUGGCAGUGCGCAAACUGUACAUAGAUAGAGCAAAUUUAGACGUACGAACAAACAAACAAACAAACAAACAAAACCAAACUAGCUUUUAAGGUUAUAAUCCAUGUUCCAAAUGUCAGUGUUCUCGUCGCCAAAAGAGGGCACCGCUGGGUACCGGCGUAGCCCGCCCCCAAGGCUAGGGCUCCGUUCGGGGUUAAGCGGUUGCUUACGUGUAAAAUUUUCCUACUAAGAUAAAACAUGUUCACUGUUCUACUUUUAUUUUUUUAUAUACCUAUGUGUGUGUACAUACUUUUAAGCAAUUCAAAUUGUAAAUAGGUGAGUGUGAGGUUGUUCGCUGUCACCCUUAUAUUAAGAGGUGACACUGGUUGGAAGGGUGCGCGGAAGAUUUGACUGAUAGUGGAGUGUAAAAUAUUUUGAUUAUUAUUAUUACCAAUGUAACGUAACAUUCACAACUGAAACAACUACACACUACUUUUUACCAGGAGCAAUAAGUUAUUCCGAUUGUCGAUUAAAGUAGUACACUACUUAGCGAAGCGUUUGUUAGCUGAGAAUGAAGCGAAACAACAAAGGAUGUGAGUUUAGAACCGAAACCAAAAAUAAACUAGCGUUAGAAUCAGAGAAAUAUAUGUAUUCUAGGAUUUUAAUUUUCAAUAAGAA